AAGACGACGCUCGGGCAGAAGUUGUGUCAUGAAGUUGCCCCAACUUUGUCCACGCGGCUUUCGAUUUACGCUAAAGUUUGAGGUCUUCUACUAGUUUUUUUUUUUUUUUUAACUUCCCUUUCUCGCUGGGACAAGCAAAAGUGCCAACUUUCCGGCGGGUCCUCGCAGUCGGCAGAGCCGACGACGCAAACUUUGAACAAGAUGCAGCGGGGAACGCAAGGAGGGCAGUCCAGUGAGCUGUUUGAGUCCCUAAAGGUCUACCUUAACAACAGCAAAAGACUGCAGCCCAUAAUUGGGCUGCGCAGCGUCACGGAAUGCGUGAAGGUCGGCCCGCGCGGGGGAGGCGAGGCCGUGUAUCUCUGCGAGGUGUGCGGGUGUCGGCUGAGCAAAGGCGACAUGCGCAACCACAUCAUGGGCAGCCUCCACAGAUACAACUACACCAAAGCCUGGCAUCCCCACAUGCUGUCCGGCAUCGUGCAGAGCGGCGGCGACGACGUGUCCCUGCUGGCCUGGCCCUUGAUGGACAUCGCUAAGACGCUGGAGGACAAGGAGGGGCCCGGGGACAUCAAGUUGCUGGAAGUCGAGGACGCCGCCUUCGAGACGCUGAAGCGCGCCAGCGACGGCGACGCGAUAAGUCUGGUCAAGUUCCUGAUGUACGGGCCCGCCGAGCCUGAGGAAGAGGAGGGGGACCCCACGGUGAUCACGGUCGGCCCCGCGGAGUCGCUCUCCUCGGACGGCAACGGCGCCUCUCGGGCCGUGGAAGUGCCGCCGAGUUUUGGCCACGCCCUGCUGGAUCGCUACGCGGGAGUCCAAAUUUUUAUUGGUCUGUUCCGGGUGACGGAGUGCGUCGGCGAGAAGGACGGCCGGACUCACUGCUUCCUGUGCCACUGCUGCCGGACUCGGGUCAACACGCGCGGCUUCAUCCGGCACGUCGGCGGCCCCGCCCACACGCACAGCUACCUGAUGGAAACGCGGCGCGAGCAGCUGGGGGCCGCGGGAGCGGACGACGGCGACCCGGGUCGGCUGAUGGACUCGCUGGUCAGGAACGUGGAGCGCGAGGAGGGACGGGGCGGAAUGGAGGUCGGCGAGGUGUUGAAAGCACCGCAGCACCUCUGCAAACAACUCGCUAGCAAAAGUUACACCUGGUGCAUCGGCAGACUUUGGAAGAGGUGCUACCCCACCGUCCGCAAGAGGAACAAAGCCAAGAAAGCAGGCUCCAGAGUCAAGAAGCCGGCCAAGCUCGUCGGCGAAGGCGAAACUCAGGUGGUGUUCAAGGUAAGCCUCCCGCUCACCGACGGUCCGCUGCUGCUGGAGCGGACGUCGUUCGGCCAGGGAAAUCCGCCGGCCGGCCCCCGCCCGGGAGACGACGGCGACAACGUGACGGCGGCGUGCAGUUUCGCACCGUCCCCCCAGCACGGAGUCGAGGGUGUGAAUCCCGAGUCUUGCGAAGAGUGGUGCGUCCCCGUCCGUGCGCCGUGGGAUGAUUGGUCGCCGGCACCGGUCGAAUAUCGAGGAAAUUCCUACCCGCCUGAGCCGCCGCCGCCGCCGCCGUCGGAUGUUCCGGUUCCGACGGAGCCCCGCGUGCCUCCGGUCCAGUUCCAAACACAACACCGAAGCAUUCCCGUCAUCUGGAAGUACCGUCACCCCCUGCGGCACUCUCGGUGACAUUUUUUCAACAACAAAAAAACGUCGUUCACACACUCGUUCCUCAUUUAUGACGGCGGAACUUAAAACGGGAGGAAAUUGUUCGCAUGAAGCAAAAUUGGACUGAAAGUUUCAACGUUUGGACACAUUUUGCAACUUUUCUUGUUGUUGACGUCUCACACCGUGUUCGCUUCUUGUUGACCUGUCAAAUCAUGUUCAAUUCUUGUUCUGUAUUUUUUUGUUAUGCAAACGCGGGAGUUAUUUGUGAUUAUAUUUUUUUUGUUAAAUUCUUGAUAUCCGUGCAACGCAAAUAAGAAAAACAAAAAGUGAACUGAAAAGUUCUGGUCACCAAA